AUGGCGGAAGAUACUGCAGCGCCUCAGGCGCAGACUGCUGCCGACAAGCUCAACUUGAUCAAGAGCAAUCUCCAAGAAGUGCUGAACCCCGAAAUCAUUGAAGAAGUACUGAACAAGGGCGAAAGACCGCUGAAGAUCUACUGGGGCACGGCGACAACAGGCAAGCCUCACUGUGGAUACUUUGUGCCUAUGUUGAAGAUUGCCGAAUUUUUGGCUGCCGGAUGUGAAGUCAAAAUUCUCCUCGCUGAUGUCCACGGCUUCCUCGACAACCUCAAGGCGCCAAUCGAGCUUGUGGAAGAGAGAGCAAAGUACUACCGUCACUGCAUCACUGCAGCAUUGAAGGCCGUCAAUGUCGACACUUCAAGAUUGGUGUUCGUGCUGGGAUCCACCUACCAAACAACUGGAGACAGCGGAGCGAGAUACUUCAUGGAUCUACUGCGACUCAGCACUUCAGUCUCCGGCCACGAUGCAACCAAGGCUGGGUCCGAAGUGGUCAAGCAAGUCGAAGCCCCGCCUCUUUCAUCUCAAAUCUACCCACUCAUGCAGGCAUUGGACGAGGAGUACCUCGGUGUCGAUGCUCAGUUCGGCGGUGUUGACCAGCGGAAAAUCUUCACACUCGCAGUCGAGGCUCUUCCUCGUAUUGGAAUGAAGAAGCGAGCUCAUUUGAUGAACCCCCUCAUCCCAGGUCUCCAAGAAGGAGGCAAGAUGAGCAGUUCAGAUCCAAAUUCGAAAAUUGACCUCAUCGACCCGCCCGAGGUGGUCACGAAGAAGCUGAAGAGCGCGUUCUGUCCGCCUAAACAGGUUACAGGAAAUGGUGUGCUAAGUUUCGUGGAAUUCGUACUGCUUCCGGCCUCCGCAUUGAAGAACAACGGCACUCCCAAGUUCGUUGUCCAACGCCGCGAUGCUGAGCCAUUGGAAUAUGCCGACAUCAAGAAGAUGCAAGAGGAUUACGAAGCAGACAUUCUCCAGCCCCAGGCGCUGAAGCCUGCUGUAACAAAGGCGCUCCUCGAGAUCUUGGAGCCGAUUAGGAAGACAUUCGAUGAGAGCAAAGAGUGGCAGGAGGUUGAACAGAAGGCGUACCCACCACCGCCGGCCCCAGAGAAGAAGAAGAAGAAGGAGAAGAAUCUUGGUUCACGUUUCCCUGGCGCAAAGUCUGCUGCUGAGGGUAUUGAGGCGAAACCGGAUGGACACCUCGAGGGUCCAGAUGCACAAGAGGCGAGUGUGGGAAAGAGCACGGAGGAGGCAAUGAAGAAACUUAGCGUUGCGGAGGGCGACAAGGCAUGA